AUGGUAGAAGGAGAAGUUGUGUACGCUGACUUUGGCACCAAAGAGAAUUUUAUGCAUUUGAAAGCCGUGGGCGUGUCCGUAAAAAAUAGAAUUGUUCUUGUGCGACUAAGCAAGAUGUAUAGAGGAAACAAGGUCCUCAAUGCUGCCUCACACGGCGCAUCUGCAGUCAUCAUCUAUAACGAUCCUGAACAGUAUGCACCAGAGGGAACCAACAACACUUUCCCUAACUCGUGGUGGCUUCCUGACUCUGGGACCCAACGAGGAUCAGCAAGAAAGGUAACGGGGCCUGGUGACCCACAUACCCCGGGCUUUCCCUCUGUGGAUGGUAUAUACCGAGAAGCACUAAAUGACAGUGAUUCAUUGCCUAUCCCGGCCUUUGUUCUAUCUUAUGGGGAUGCGCGAGAAAUACUACGUCGAAUGAAAGGUCUUAAAGCACCAAAGAGUUGGCAAGGAGGUUUGCAUUUAACCUACUAUAUUGGACCUGGAUUUAAAGACAAAAGUCUUACUUUGCGUGUUAAGGUCAACAACAGCUUGGAAAUCAAAACUAUCUACAAUGUGAUUGGCCAGAUCAGAGGCACUGUAGAACCCGACCGUUAUGUACUCAUGGGAAAUCAUCGAGACGCCUGGGUAUUUGGUGCUGCCGAUCCUGUCAGCGGUACGGCUGUGUUAAUGGAAUUAUCACGUGGACUAGGAAAGUUAAUUGAAAAAGGAUGGAGGCCACGCCGGACAAUAAUGCUUUGCAGCUGGGACGCAGAAGAAAAUGGUGCUUUUGGAUCGACAGAAUGGGUCGAGGAAAAUGCUCAAAUUCUUCAAACUCGCGCUGUUGCUUAUCUCAACAUAGACCAAGCUGUUAAUGGUAAUUUCAGUCUUAAUGUCAAUGCCAGUCCUCUACUCAAACAGUUGGCUGUUCGGUUGACCAAAGAAAUUUGUGAUCCAACAGUUCCAGAUACUUGCAAAAGCAUGUACGAAGUCAUGUUAGAGAGAGAUGUUACUAGACAUGUUAAUGGCAGCGCAGUAUGUGGUGAUAUAACAUUUGGUAGUGAUUAUGGCGCGUUUUAUUAUUUCCUUGGAAUUUCCUGCGCAGAGUGGUCUUAUAUCUUUGGAGGAAGGUACAACAUCAGGAGAGCGUAUCCCGUUUAUCACUCCGUGCAUGACACGUUUUACUGGAUGAAAACUUUUGUUGAUCCCGAGUUUCAAACUCAUCUGGCCGUGACAAAAUUUGCAGGGGCGUUUCUUCUCAAACUUUCCGAUUCUGAACUCUUACCUCUCAAUACAACUACUUACGGAGAAGUCUUACAAUCAAAGGCCGUUCUCUUAGAAAAGAAUGCUACACUCAGGGUGCAUAACAUCAGCACGGCUGCUUUUUCUCGUGCAGUCAGGAGCUUUGCGAAAGUUUCGCAUCAUUUUGAAAGAGGCAAGUUAAAAGAGAAACCAGAGAACUACCGCAUCCUGAAUGAUCAAAUGAUGCAAGUCGAGAAAGCGUUUAUACAAACUGUGGAAGUAAACGACUGGAAACUGUCCAGACAUGUAAUAUAUGGCCUCAACGACGAAAAUCUGUACGGUGACUUGUACUUUCCGCGAGUACAUUAUGCCAUGANUCGUGAUAUUGCGAAAAAAUCAGGAGAUUGGAAACUGGUCGAAAAAGAAAUAUCUUUGCUGACAGAGGCCUUAACAUCUGCUGCAAAUAUUCUGAAACCCAUAUGAGACAACCAUAGUUUUCAUCUUUUA